GGUCGCGCGCUCGCGCUGGGCGCGCGCCCGCCCCUCCACCCUCCGCCCUCCGCCCUCGCGCCCUCGCGCCGGGGGCGGGCGCUGCGCGUGCCGGGCGGGGAAGCGGUGCGAGCCAGGCGCUGCGAACGUUCGCCGCGGGGGCGGCUCCGGGGCCUGAGUGGGCGCCGCCGCUGCCUCAGCCGAGGGGGCCGGGCCGGAGCGUGAGGAGGAGUGAGGCCGCAGGAGACCUUCCCGACGCCCCCUGCUCCUGCAGGGAAGUGAGCAAGGAAGUGCACACCUGGUUCUAGACUCAGGAUCCAGCAAGCCUAGAGCUUCAGUCCUGCUUGCAACUUUGUGUAUCUAUUCUGUUUCUCCAAAUAGAGGAUGAUUGAGGAAAGUGGGAACAAGCGGAAGACCAUGGCAGAGAAGAGGCAGCUGUUCAUAGAAAUGCGUGCUCAGAAUUUUGAUGUCAUACGACUAUCAACUUACAGAACAGCCUGCAAAUUACGAUUUGUACAAAAACGAUGCAACCUUCAUCUUGUUGAUAUCUGGAACAUGAUUGAAGCCUUCCGAGACAAUGGCCUUAAUACACUGGACCAUACCACCGAGAUCAGUGUGUCCCGCCUUGAAACUGUCAUCUCCUCCAUCUACUAUCAGUUGAACAAGCGCCUUCCUUCUACUCACCAAAUUAGUGUGGAACAAUCUAUCAGCCUCCUCCUCAACUUUAUGAUUGCUGCAUAUGACAGUGAGGGCCGAGGCAAGUUGACGGUAUUUUCAGUUAAAGCUAUGUUAGCAACCAUGUGUGGUGGAAAAAUGCUGGACAAAUUGAGAUAUGUUUUCUCCCAGAUGUCAGAUUCCAAUGGCUUAAUGAUAUUUAGCAAGUUUGACCAGUUUCUGAAGGAAGUUCUGAAGCUCCCAACAGCUGUCUUUGAAGGGCCAUCUUUUGGUUACACAGAGCACUCAGUCCGCACCUGUUUUCCACAGCAGAGAAAGAUAAUGCUAAAUAUGUUUUUAGACACGAUGAUGGCUGACCCUCCUCCCCAGUGCCUUGUCUGGCUACCUCUCAUGCACAGGCUUGCCCAUGUUGAGAAUGUCUUCCAUCCCGUGGAGUGCUCCUACUGCCGGUGUGAGAGUAUGAUGGGUUUCCGGUACCGAUGCCAGCAGUGCCACAACUAUCAGCUCUGCCAGAAUUGCUUUUGGCGUGGCCAUGCCGGUGGCCCUCACAGCAAUCAACACCAGAUGAAGGAGCAUUCCUCUUGGAAAUCUCCUGCAAAGAAGCUGAGCCAUGCGAUUAGUAAAUCUUUGGGGUGUGUACCCACGAGAGAACCCCCGCAUCCUGUUUUUCCUGAGCAACCAGAGAAACCACUUGACCUUGCACAUAUAGUUCCUCCUCGCCCUCUGACUAAUAUGAAUGACACCGUGGUUAGCCACAUGUCCUCUGGAGUGCCCACUCCCACCAAGAGGUUACAGUAUAGCCAGGAUAUACCCUGUCACUUGGCCGAUGAGCAUGCGCUGAUAGCCUCCUAUGUGGCCCGUCUGCAGCACUGUGCACGUGUUCUGGACAGUCCUAGCCGACUGGAUGAGGAACACCGUCUUAUAGCUCGAUAUGCUGCCCGGCUGGCUGCAGAAGCAGGAAACGUGACUCGUCCUCCCACUGACUUGAGCUUUAACUUUGAUGCCAACAAACAACAAAGACAGCUUAUUGCAGAACUGGAAAACAAAAACAGAGAGAUCCUGCAGGAGAUUCAGCGUCUCCGCCUGGAACACGAGCAGGCCUCCCAGCCCACCCCUGAGAAGGCACAGCAGAACCCCACGCUGCUGGCAGAGCUGCGGCUGCUGAGGCAAAGGAAGGAUGAACUGGAGCAGAGGAUGUCGGCCCUGCAAGAGAGCAGGCGGGAACUGAUGGUCCAGCUAGAAGAGUUGAUGAAGUUGCUGAAGGAGGAAGAGCAAAAGCAGGCAGCUCAGGCCACAGGGUCACCACAUACAUCGCCCACCCAUGGAGGCGGCCGGCCGAUGCCCAUGCCAGUGCGCUCCACGUCUGCCGGCUCCACCCCCACCCACUGUCCGCAGGACUCACUGAGCGGAGUUGGGGGAGACGUGCAGGAGGCCUUUGCACAAGCCGCUCUCUCCCUAGGCCUGACCGACCGCCUCAUUCUGAAGCUUCCCUGGAAGUCUGGAGCCGAAUCAGCCAGGAAAGCUCUGGACCUUCUCCGCUGCCUUUCUGCUCUCUCCUGUUUGAUUUGGUUUUGAAGCCUAUUCCUCCUUUUGUCCAUGACCAGGCUCUGAUUUCACCUGAAGUUCAUGACCUGAGUCUGUCGCCUCUUCCACUCCUCGUGCUCAGCUCAUCUGUGACUUCUUUCUCAGUCUCUCCAUCACCUCGCCACAUCAGUGACUUCCCAAAGACCUUUACCUUACAUAAAACCCAGGAAAGAGAGAGAAAAUUAAAGGCCAUCACAUAUCAUCCUAUCUCCAGGAAUCCCCAUGACUCUGCCAGUUACGUAGGGCCAGAGAGUCACUAACGAUUUCACAGCAGUGGGGUUUCCGUGUUUUCUGUUAAACUAAUGGUUUCCCUUCCUAAGUGCUGUAGGUCACUCACACUGAUGGUUCUCUUUUGUUUCUUUCCACCUAAUGUAGUGCUUUUAAAUACCUUGAAGUAGCUUAACAGGGCUAUUAAAUAAAAAGAUAAAGCAGUUUU